CGGCAACACAACCUGUCGUUUCUCGCCAGCAUGCACCAUCUUUCUUUCGUCAAGUUGUUGGAAGGGAAGUGGGUGCAGAAAGUGCAGCAAAAAAAAAGCUUCCCCGUUGGGAACAAUUUGUACACGGAGGAAGAUCGCAUGUACAUCCUCUUCAAGGGUGACGAUCUGCGCGUCAACACGUCCGUGGUCUACGAGGGAAACCUCCCCACGGGUGCCGCUGCUGCGGUGCGAUUACCUGAGAGGGUCACCCAGGCGGAUGUGUCCGAGAUUCCUUUCACGCCUUGCGACUGGUCGCUGGUUGCGCCUGAACGAAAGGGCAGCGUCUACGGGGAUAUGGAACGCAAUCCGACCCAAUUCGUCGGUCUUCUUGAUUUUCUUGGCAAGAAGGGAGAGGGUGUCGUGUUCCUUGGGAAACCGCAYGCGCGAAGCGUCUGGGAGCUUCUGAAGGCCGGCCGGCACGUUGUCGCAAUGGAAGGGAACUCCGACCUCUUGCAAUUCACGAUGCAGGUGGUGAAAAGCGAGGUCAAUUCGAGUGGGCACAAUUGUGAGUUCAUGGUCAUGAGGCCAACACGGGAUAAGGUAUGGAGCAAGAAGACGGAUAUGUGGUUUAAGUUGAGCGAGAUGAAGAGGAACAAGAUAUACGAUUAUUUGUUCCUUCAAACGCGUCCGAGGAGGGACACUGACGCCGAGUACAUCCGCCGGAAGGACCACAUGUUGGCACUGCUCGACAACUACCACUUUGCCUCCCGCAUGAACGCGAAGACGUUUAUCGAAAGGCUGCAGUCGCUGUACUUCGUGGAGUCCGAGGAGCAGUUGAAGCUAACCAGUUUCUCUUCCCUGAUGUCCACUGACGACGAGGAAGCCAUAGGUGUGGAGUUUGUCGGAAACAAGAAGGAGGAGGAGAGCGACACGGAGAGCAUCGACCUGCAGUACGACCCGCCUCCUGCGGACCACGACCGAGGGUCCUCGUCGGUCGGUCCGUCACCAAGCGCUGCAGCCCUCGUGUCACUAUUGGCCAAACCGGCGCCGGGCAGCACGCCGAUGAAGUUGCUGGAGAGACUAAGAGCUCUGGCCGCCCCCCCGCCCGCUUUGCCCCCCGGGUCCGUUGUCUUGCCCAAUCAUCCGUCUUGGAAGGAUGACAACAUCCACUUCCUGCUUGAACCGCAACGUCAUUCACCUGAGCAGGACUGGGGCCAUGACAUGGACAAGUGCUGGUUGGAAUUGACGGAGGACUACUACGAGCUCGACACGAGUCUGUCGAAGGGCGUGGUGGACUGGAAAGUGCCCCCUCCCAGUGGGCCGGACGGUGGUUCAGGGGGGGGGUCACCUGAAAGCGGAGGGGAUGGGGGUGGUGACGCAGGGGGUGGCAAAGGAAUCCCGCCUAUGGGGGAGAGAGGGUCUCACGGCCGCAACACGACACCGGGAGGCAGCGCCGGGGUGGCGGGUCUCGCCGUCGACCAGACUCCGUCGACAGGCACCCGGCCCGAGCCCACGACACACUCCGCCGACCCCCAGACUUCGUCCGUGGGCUCAUUGAGGGACACGUUGGCAGCCUUGGUUGCUCUGGGCAUUCGCACGGCCAGAAAGCCGAAGUCCACCGGGAUCCGAACUACAUCGGGUGAGGAGCCGCCAGAGCGGUCCGGAAGGCGAAGCUGCUCGGGGUCGGGGGAUCCAAGCACGGAUCGAGAAAUUUGCAGCAUUGCGACACGGGACAGAGACGUCGGAACGGUGUCGCCUGCGCGGGAGCGACGACCGCAAGGAUUGCAGCGGGAGGCUGCAAGUGCAGGGUCCGGCAACACGGAGUCCACGAAGUCCACCGAGAUCCGAACUUCGUCGGGCGGGGGGUGUCGGCCAGGGAUUGUCGUGCCGUUGAGAGGGGCAGCGUGCACGGAGACGGAAGGGCGGUCCUCGCGAUUCGGCACGGGUGCCGCGGAAGGGGACGAGUUUCGUGGGAGGGAAGUAGGGGAGGAAACAGAGGAACAGAAGGGAGCGCAAGAAGGGGAGGAAGAAGGGGAAGAAGAGGUGGAAGGGGAGGAAGCGGGAGAAACAAAGCUAAUUGAUUUGUUUGAAGGAAGGGAGGGUGCCGGGUCUGGAGAGGACGAAGUGGAACACAGUGAGGACGAUGCCGGAUCUGGAGAGUCGUCUGACGAGUUCAGACAACUGUACGGAGAGCAUCACGAGGAUGAUGUCGACGACGAUGCCACAGCAAUAGAGAUGGAGACAUAAGUGGUCAGCAGGCUUUUCGCAGAGCCUGAACAUUAUGCGGUCCGACCACUGACGUUUGCUGUCGACUUGCAGCACUGGUUC